UCCUGAGAUUGGUGUGUGUCUUAUCUCCCAUUGUGGGACCCACUAAAUAGCCGUGAUUGGUCUCCCGCCUCUUAUAAAAUUUUAUACUAACUCUCUUCCCUUUUCAUCCUUCAUUUUGGGCUCUCUCUCUUUCUCUUCUUCUGCAGAAUUCCCACUUCCACAGAGGGAGUGUGAAGAAGAUGGAUUAUGUGAAUGGACCCGGAAGGAACCACCUGUUUGUUCCAGGGCCUGUUAAUAUCCCGGAUCAGGUGAUCCGGGCUAUGAGCAGAAACAACGAGGACUACAGGUCUCCGGCCGUCCCAGCUCUCACCAAAACCUUGCUUGAGGAUGUCAAGAAGAUCUUCAAGACCACCUCUGGAACUCCUUUUCUCUUUCCCACUACAGGCACGGGCGCAUGGGAGAGCGCGCUGACCAACACGCUCUCCCCAGGCGACCGGAUCGUGUCUUUCCUGAUUGGGCAGUUCAGCCUCCUGUGGAUCGACCAGCAGCAGCGCCUCAACUUCAAUGUUGACGUGGUGGAGAGCGAGUGGGGCCAGGGCGCCAACCUGGACGUCCUGGCCACCAAGCUCGCAGACGACAAGGCCCACACCAUCAAGGCUAUCUGCAUCGUCCACAACGAGACCGCCACCGGCGUCACCAACAACCUCGCCACCGUGAGGAAAAUCCUCGACCACUACCAACACCCCGCCCUCCUCUUGGUGGACGGGGUGUCCUCCAUCUGCGCACUGGACUUCCGCAUGGACGACUGGGGCGUAGAUGUGGCGCUCACUGGGUCGCAGAAGGCGCUCUCGCUCCCAACAGGGAUUGGGAUUGUCUGCGCGAGCCCCAGGGCAAUCGAGGCGUCAGAGAGCGCGAAAUCGGUGAGAGUGUUCUUUGAUUGGAAGGACUACUUGAAGUUCUACAAGUUGGGGACGUAUUGGCCUUACACGCCUUCGAUUCAGCUGCUCUAUGGGUUGAGGGCAGCUCUUGAUCUUUUGUUUGAGGAAGGCCUUGACAAUGUCAUUAUCCGGCACAACCGACUCGCGACCGCCACUAGGCUGGCGGUGGAGGCGUGGGGGCUGAAGAACUGCACGCAGAAGGAGGAGUGGCACAGCGACACGGUGACGGCGGUGGUGGUUCCGGCGUACAUCGACAGCUCGGAGAUCGUGCGGAGGGCGUGGAAGCGCUACAACUUGAGCUUGGGGUUGGGGCUCAACAAGGUGGCUGGCAAAGUUUUCAGAAUAGGGCAUCUUGGCAGCCUUAAUGAGUUGCAAUUGCUGGGGUGUCUUGGUGGGGUGGAGAUGGUGCUCAAGGACGUCGGGUAUCCAGUGAAGCUCGGAAGUGGCGUCGCUGCUGCAGCAGCGUACUUACAGAACACCACUCCCUUGAUCCCUUCAAGGGUUUGAUUUCACUUUUCUUAUAUCAUCUCAUACUGUAAAAAUUGCACCUUCGUUUCCAACUUUUGUGCCUUUGUAUUUGGUGUUGAGUGUUCCUUUAUGCAACUCCCUUCAUCUUGAUGCAUUACUACUUACCUGCACAAAGAAAAAUAUAAAAUUUGUAUGAACUUUAUUUCCAACCGUUAUUAAUGAUUGCUAUUUAUGUGUA